CUGUACUGUAGCCGGCCGAUUGACUCCUGCUUCCUGUCCCAGCGAGGACGGCAAGGGGUUUAUUGGAGGGGCUGUUCGAGUGGAGGGAAGUCGUCAUGGUAACGACUAAUUACAAACCUGUGCAGAAAAUUAAAUGCUGGGACAAAGCCACCAAAACCUACAUUGAAGUUGAGAGGCCUUUCAUUGUGGGAACUUCCAACAAAUUCAUGGGAGGUGUGGAUUUAUUGGAUUCAUUUGCUGCCAAAUAUAAGUUCAGCAUAAAAUCGAAACAGUGGUACCUGUACAUCUUCUGGCACACCACUAUUCUCGCUGUGAUCUACGCCUGGCUCCUCAACAAGCGAGACUGCAAAGUGCUCAAGAUUUUGCCAAAAGAGAUGCUGAACGGGAGACAGUUUCAGGCAGAACUAGCAGAUUCUCUUAUCCUGGUGAACACAACUCCAAUUAAACCAAAGAGAGGGUGACCAUCUUCAGCCGGUGGCAGCCCAGUAACACAGACGGUGACAUCAAGGAGCCCUUUGAAUGCUCACAAGAGACCAUCCUCAGAUGGGUAUGAACCAAACGGGACCCCAGCUAAGAGGCCAUCUGCACACCCCCCGGUAGACGUGCGUAGGGACAUGGUUGCACAUUUAGCAGUGAAAACAACUAGAGGACGCUACAGUCUCUGCAAAACUGGUUACACCAAUACUCUAUGCCACAAGUGCAAUGUUCAUAUUUGUUUUUUGACAAGAACUGUCUUUGGGACUACCAUACCUGAAC